UGUGUCUAUCAAUGGAGAAAUUGAGGAAAAUGGUGAACCAAAUAGCCUAUACACCACCGCAAGACAGGCUCCGUACACUUUCCACACUCCAAUUCUCUCUCAUCCCUCUUCUCUCACUAGCUUCCACUCUCUAUGGCUUCGCUCUUCCUCUCCGCCAUCGCCUUUACCAUCUUGGUCUGCUUCAUAAAGAUAGGUUGCCGGUGCCAGUGAUUAGCGUUGGGAAUUUAACUUGGGGAGGUAAUGGGAAGACACCAAUGGUUGAGUUUCUUGCAGUUUGGUUGGCUGCUCUUGGAAGUUCACCUCUUAUACUAACAAGGGGUUAUGGUGGUGCAGAUGAAGCAAAAAUGCUCCAAAGGCAUCUGGCUGGAACACCUGUGAAGAUAGGCAUAGGUGCAAACAGGGCCAAUACAGCUGCCUGUUUUCUGAAAAGAUAUGGCCACAUCACCCCUUGUAAGCACGGUGACAGUGAUUUUGAGAAACAUUUCUCUGAUAACAAACAAGGAAAUUGUUCUUAUUCGGACCAAAUCGGGGUUGCAAUCCUAGACGAUGGAAUGCAGCAUAUCAGUUUGUGGCGUGACAUUGAGAUUGUGAUGGUGAAUGCAAUGAUUCCAUGGGGGAACCAUCAGUUAAUUCCACUUGGACCAUUAAGGGAACCUUUGACCGCACUCACACGUGCAGAUAUAGUUGUAAUCCAUCAUGCAGACAUGGUCUCAAAAAAGGAUGUGGAGGCCAUAGCAUCAGAAGUUCGAAAAGUAAAAAAUUAUCUUCCUAUAUUUUUGAGCAGACUGAUGCCUUUAUACUUUCUUAAAGCUGGCAACAUGUCUUGUAAAUUGGCUUUAAUGGACAUCCACAAUACACUUGUCUUAUGUGUCUCAGCAAUUGGAUCUGCUGAUUCUUUUGUUGAGAGGAUGAAGAAGCUGGAACCUGCGUAUGUUGAUCGCCUGGACUUCAGUGACCAUCAUUUAUUUCAAGCUAAGGAUAUUGACAUGAUCAGAUUGAGACUUCGGAAUCUUCAAUCAGAGUUUGCUAUGAAGCCUGUUGUUGUAGUAACAGAAAAGGAUUAUGAUAGAGCUCCGGAGGUUCUUAAGCAUUUGGAUCCAUACGAAGUGUUGGUUCUUUGCUCCAGCUUGCAAAUUCUACCUCAUAAUGGAAACACAGAAGAUAGCUUUAAGAAGUGUCUGUGGCAGCAUUUGGAAGUUAGCAACAAGGUGUAAAAUAUGGUAUAAAACUUCUUUUGAAGAUCAUAUUGAGGUGACACGAUUGUACGAGGUCACAAUUCACCUAACAUGAUCAUCUCAGAUGAGCUAGAAAUGGGAGAUCGGAUGCAGGCAAAGUUCCUCCUAAUCGUUGAGAUGUACAGUC